AUCUUUGCCAAAUUUUAAUCUUCUCUCUCUAGUACUCUUUCCUUAUCUCUCUCUCUCUCUCUCUCUCUCAAAUCCUGUUGCUUUAGUUGGGGUGUUUUGAUCUCCAUGAACAAGACUCAAUGGAUCCCAAUUGUUUGCCUAAGGGUCAUAGCCAUGGUUUCAACUUUUGUAGCCACUGUUGUUAUGGUCACUAGCCAUGACUCAGCCAAAGUCUUGGGCAUGACCUUUCAAGCCAAGUACAACAACUCACCCACACUCAGGUACUUUGUGGUCGUUAGCAUUAUCACGACAAUUUAUAGUUUGGGAGCACUCUUUGUCCCUCCAAAGAAGUUGGGGCGUCAUGUUCUUGUUCUUGAUUUGAUUGUAUUGUCGUUUUUGAUAUCGAGCUUCUCGGCUGCAGUUGGAGUCGGGCAAUUGGGGAAGGAAGGGAACUCACACGCCGGUUGGUUACCGAUUUGUGGCCAAGUUCCUAAAUUUUGCCACCAUGUUACGGCAGCUUUAAUCGCCGGUUUUGUAGCGGUCAUUAUAUACUUUUUGCUCAUCAUUUACAACCUUAAUAAUGUUCUUAACUUAGUUGCUUUUAAAGCUUAGUUAUGUCACUCCUAUACACUCAUAAAUUCUUAUUACAAUAUAUAUGAAGUUGAGAUUUACAAGUUUCAUUUUA